AUGUUUAAUACUGGACCUAAGAAACUAGCAAACUCCCCAAAACAUUUGAGGGAUGAAGUUGCUACAAGAGAUGAUGCUAGUAACUUACAAUCUAGAGAUACUGAACUGCUGUAUGGUAAUGCGAUACUACUGGAAAAACAGAAUACUUUAAAAAAAUUUAUGGAAACAGAUGAUAUUGAAUUCUCAAAUGAUUUUGAUUUAGAUGAAGAAAUAGAUCUAUCUUAUUCAAAGUUUUCCCAUUUGUCAGGGAUAUCAUUUCAGAAUAAUCCACUUAACGAUAACCGCGUCCUUGAUUCUCCAUUUGCCCAAAGAAUUAAAUCUAAACUAAACAUUGAGCUCGAACAAGAAAAUAUUGAAUCUAUUGAUGUGACUAACGAGGGCGCAAAUAGUCGUGAGAGCUUAGCUCCCAUUAACGAAGCCACGAAAUCCAAAAAAAAGACGCAUAUUGAUGAGCGAAUAAACCCGGCUCUGAAGCCAUUUGGUAAUAGUUAUCAGAACAUCGGUGCUUUUGCACCACAGGAAAAUUAUCAGAGUCCAUCUAAUUAUAAGAAAACGCACACCAAAAAGCACAAUAUGGAAUCUCUUUCAUAUUUCAAGAAUAACCAGAUAGAUCCAAUGGAAUAUGCUAUUCCCAACUUACAGACACCCGGAAGAUUUAGCCAUCAAAGAGUUUCACCUGUCAAAGUGUCUCUCACGCCUGCUCAAAGAUUGGAGCCUAAGGUGGACUUCAAGUUGUCCAAUGCCUUGGAAAAUUUUCAAUUUUCAUCUUUGAUAGGUAGGGGAGCGUUUGCAAAUGUAUACAAAGGUGUAAACUUAAAGACUCAUAAGGUUGUUGCAAUAAAACAGAUCCUAUUGGAUGAUAGUCAAGAUGUGCGUGGUCUAAUGGGUGAGAUUGAUCUUUUGAAGAUUUUAAGACACCCAAAUAUUGUCAAAUACCACGGGUUUGUCAAAACGUCUACCUCAUUGAAUGUGUUCCUCGAGUUCUGUUCUAAGGGCUCUUUAAGACAACUAUAUAAAAGAAUGGGACACGGAUUGCCAGAGAGUCAAAUAAUAAAAUAUGUGAGGCUGAUAUUGGAGGGUCUUAACUACUUACAUGAACAAGGUGUAGUUCACAGAGACGUCAAAGCUGCAAACGUAUUGAUUACUGAGACAGAUGAAAUAAAGCUUGCUGAUUUUGGAGUAGCUGCCCAGGUCUCUUCAAAGCAUGAAAGUGUAGUGGGGACCCCAAAUUGGAUGGCACCCGAAACAGUCUUAGGUGGAGAAGGUCUUUGUACGGCGUCAGAUAUAUGGUCACUAGGUGCUACUGUAAUUGAGCUAUUCACCACAAAUCCGCCAUAUCAUGAUUUAAACCCAAUGGCGACUUUGCAUGCUAUAGGAAUAGAUGAUCAUCCACCAUUACCCACAGGAAUGACCUCUCUUGCGUUGGAUUUUUUGACAGAAUGCUUCCAAAAACAACCAAAGCUUCGGACGACUGCCAAACUACUUUUGCAGCAUAGAUGGCUAACAUGUAAUAGGAAGCCAGUACGACAAACUUCAAAAAUUAACUCCUUAAAUGAAUCCUAUACACCUGUCAAACCAAUCGAAUUGUAUGCGGAAAUAAGAGAGGAUGCGAAUUGGGAGAAUGACUUUAAGGAAGUCAAUAAAGAAAACUGGAAGUCUUUGGGAGCUGACAUGAUCAAACUUGAAAACAUUGAAGAGUCCAUGUUCACAUCUAAGGAGACAAAAACUGAAUAUGGCAGGAACGAGCUUUUAAACAAGUUUUCAGAAAGUAAUGAAGAUGUGAGCUUUGAAUCUUUACCUAGGAUUUCUAAUCAAUCUGCCAAUGACAGUAUUCAAAAGAAAUUGAUCAACCAAAUUGAGGAAGAAGAUCCAUUCUUAAAUAUUGAGAAUGAGAACUUUGAUACUAACGAGCUUGAGAUUCAAAGCAAGAUGGAGUUUUUGGUGACAAAAAUGUCAAGUAGAGUAGAUCUAUUUCAUUCUCGUCCUGAUGAGGUGGCAACUUCGCUUCUCAAAGUUACCACGAGAAUGCGUCAUCUUGUCAAAAAAUACUCAAUUCUGCAUUCGAUAUUAAUCAGGGAGCAUGGAAUCUUGACUUUACUUGAGCUUGCAUCAUGUGCACCUGAGAUGCCAAGGUUGCAAGAACUAUGGUUUAACACACUUGCAAUUCUCAAUAUCAUUUUUGAUUCAAGUUUGUCCCAAUUUGAAAAUUUUUGUUUACUUGGUGGUAUACCAGUCUUUACGCAUUUCAGAAACAUUUCAUAUGAUUUAAAGAUAAGGUUGGAGGUUAUAAAAUUCAUAGGAAAGAUGGAGUCCUCCGAAAGAGCCCUUUCUAUGUUUGUAUCAAGUGGUGGUUUAAGAGUCUUAUCUAAAUUUGUGGAAGAGGACUUUGAUUCGACACCUGAAUUUCCUUUGGUUGCAAUUGGCUGUAUUCAUGGUGUUUUAUCCAAAGAUAUUACUAGAUCCAAAUCUGAUCUAUGCCGCAUAUUAUCAAAGUAUGGUGUAUUAUUUUGGUUUGUUGUUUUAUUAAACAGAUUAUGCAAGUUACAAGGGCAUUCAUUCCGAAGUCACUCUAAAGAAGAAAUCGAAAAAGCAGGGGAUCAAAUUAUAGAUAUUAUCAAAUACUUUAGUAUGUCUGAGGCUAAGGUACGGAUCAAUAUUUCAAGUGCCGAUCUUUUUAAAGUUUUAAUCAAAGUGUAUUCGAACAUCGAAUUUCGGCACCAACUAGUAAUUCUUAAAUUCAUCAGGUCUAUGUCAUGUAUAUCAGAUGUACUUAAUGCGUUACAUUCGGCUGAUAUUUUAGAGUUCUUGAUAAGAUUAUUGGAGUCAUAUUCUGCUAAAACUCCUCAUUACAAAGAAGUUAUGAAUCUCGUCUGUCCCAUAAUAUAUAAUAUUUGCUAUCUUAAUCAUGCACGAGAGACUGAAUUAGUCAAUUUAGGAGCUGUUCCUUAUUUGAACUCAUUGUCCAAAAUCAACCUUGAAUUUCGUCAAUUUGUUUUACCUAUUUUAUGUGAAUUGGUUUACUGUGACGGAGUUCGUAACAUCCUAAAGAAGAAUGAUGUUUUAUCCAUUUAUUUCAACCUACUUGUCGAUCCAUAUUGGCAAUCUAAUGCUUUGGAUGCAAUAAUCACUUGGGGUAAGCAUGAUCCAGACUAUGUCAACUUCAACACUCGAAAGGCGUGUGAUUGUUUAGUAGGUGGCUUCAUGUUAUCAAAAACAUCGAACUUAGAAUCCGCGUUAGACAGCUAUUUCAAAUUAUUGUCUACGAAUGAACAGCUAUGCUCAACUAUGCUUAAGGAGUCUUUGAUACAGAAUAUAUUACUCAAAUUGAAUAUUAAUAACAAUUACCCUGCAGUUCAAUUGGGCUUGCUUAGAAUUUUACGGUUGUUGACAAUAUAUGGAGAGAAAUCAGGAAUCAUUUCCUCCUUAAAUAUUACAACUAAUAUAACUUCUGAGCUUAGAUCACUCAAGGCAAAAUCAGUCUUGGUGGAAGAGCUAGCCAUUGAUAUUAUAUCGCAUUUAUAG